GGUUUUAUCAGUAAUUUGCAAAUAAAUAAACACGAUCGAAAGAGAGGAAUAGAAAUCUGAAUCUCUCUCGUCCUCUUUCUCGCGAGCUUUUGUUUUUUUCUCUGGGUUUAGGGUUCCGGUAACUUUGCAAACGACAUCGAGCGAUUCGUGCCUCUUUCCCCUUCCGUCGACUUCGGUUCAACUUGGUUUACAGUUAAAAGGAGGCUAAGAUGGAAAUCAUGCCAAGAGAGAAUGAAAACGCUUUGUCAGGUCCUAGGUCGAUGGAAUGGUCUACUGUCCCACACAAUGCUCCUCAAGGACCUGGUCCCAAUGGCAAGAACCGGACAUCGAGCUUGGAAGCACCUAUCAUGUUACUAAGUGGACAUCCGAGUGCUGUGUAUACCAUGAAGUUCAAUCCAGCUGGAACUCUAAUUGCAUCAGGGUCCCAUGACAGAGAAAUCUUCCUCUGGAGAGUUCACGGGGACUGCAAAAACUUCAUGGUUUUGAAAGGUCACAAGAAUGCAAUCCUUGACCUUCAUUGGACCAGUGAUGGCUCCCAGAUUGUAUCAGCCAGUCCAGAUAAAACUGUAAGAGCAUGGGAUGUUGAGACUGGGAAGCAAAUCAAGAAGAUGGCUGAACAUUCGUCGUUUGUGAAUUCUUGCUGUCCUACACGUAGAGGACCACCGCUUAUCAUCAGUGGAUCUGAUGAUGGAACUGCUAAGCUUUGGGACAUGCGUCAAAGAGGAGCCAUACAAACAUUUCCUGAUAAAUACCAAAUCACAGCCGUCAGUUUCUCUGAUGCAGCUGAUAAGAUUUUCACUGGUGGUGUAGACAAUGAUGUUAAAGUUUGGGACUUGCGUAAAGGCGAAGCCACAAUGACACUUGAGGGCCAUGAAGAUACAAUCACUGGUAUGAGCUUAAGUCCAGACGGUUCCUACCUUCUCACCAAUGGAAUGGACAACAAGCUCUGCGUGUGGGACAUGCGUCCUUAUGCUCCACAAAACCGAUGCGUAAAGAUCUUUGACGGGCAUCAUCACAACUUUGAGAAGAACCUACUCAAAUGUUCAUGGUCACCUGAUGGUACCAAAGUUACUGCUGGUAGUGCAGACCGUAUGGUUCAUAUAUGGGACACAACAAGUCGGCGCAUUCUGUACAAGCUCCCCGGCCAUACUGGCUCUGUCAAUGAGUGCGUUUUCCACCCGACUGAGCCUAUCAUUGGGUCUUGCAGUAGUGAUAAAAAUAUCUACUUGGGAGAGAUCUGAAGUUUAAAAGCUGUGAGACCUUAGCAACUCUAAAUAUCUACUUGGGAGAGAUCUGAAGUUUUAAAGCUGUGAGACCUUAGCAACUCAAUUUGAAAUUGAAGUCUUUAGAUUCAACGAUGUGCUUUAAGACAUUUUGUUUAUUAAGAGUAAAAACGAAACAUUGCUCUUUUGCUACAAGUAAUCAAGAAGAAUAUUUGUUA